UUAGGAUUAUUGAUAUGAUUUCAGAAAAUACCUUCAAGGCUUCAACCUUCAAAUUAAUAAAAUCUUUUCGUCUAUAGAUGUAGGCAUGUAGCUGGUUUGGUGAAUCAUGUAAAAUCUAUAUGUAGUUUACUUUCUUGUUUAUUUAUUUGUUUCUAUAGUAUCUUCUCGCAUCUCUUAUAACAAUGUGGAAUUUUGGGAUAUCAUUAUGCGUGGUCAACAUAAGUAAAUAGCACCAAUUAGCAAUAAUAACUAUUUUGAGACAAAUUGUGUAAUGUCUUUUUUGGUUGUACUAAGUGGGAUAAUAUGUCUGCCCAUCGCUUCGCAGACCAGGGUGGAAGCACGAGAAAGCAAUGGCAGUGUGGUUUGGGAGGAGAUGAGGAGUUAUUCUUUCUGUUCCUUCACAAAAUGUUAAUAAAUUUUGAUCUAUUAGAGUAGAUAAAAAGAAGCAUUAGGUUGUAAAAAGGUUUUUGAAGUGAAUAAAUUUAAAAUUCUUUCAAAAAAAAAAGAUAAUAUGUCUGCCCAUCCUUGAACCGUAUAGAAGACAAUAAUGUUAACGAUCAUUUAUUCAAAGAUUAUCAAUAAUCAUCACUUAGCAUCAUCCUGAUCAAAAUCGAAAUUGCAUGUUGAAUUUUCUUCAUCGUCAUUUUAAUUAUGUAGUGAUGAUAAUAUUAUAUUUCAUUUUAGAAUCCUAUUAGCUUUGUUACCUGAGAUCCUUUGUAGGCUUUUAAUUGGAUUCGUUGACUUAUUAGCUUGCCUGGCAGAUAUCCAAAUCUGGUUUAUAUAUUGAACUAGCACGUGCUACUCCAUUUUCGAAAUCGAUCUACGCGUAUUCCAGUUUGGCUUGUAUAAACAAUAUAAAUCGUCUUCCACGCUUAACAUUUUUAAAACAUUUGCAUUGGUAUAAAGAAACCCCCUGAUAUGGAAGUGGUGAACUCAGACGACAAAUAUGAGUCUAAGCUGUGAUCUCUCGGUUCUGGAAGAGCUAACUUCAAAUGCAAAGCAAAUACAAGAUGAUGUAUUGACCAAGAUACUCAAAGCCAACGCAAACACAGAGUACCUCAGCCGUUUUCUCGAGGGGAGCUCCGAGAAAGAGCUGUUCAAGAAAAACGUACCGGUGGUGAGCUACGAAGAUGUUAAGCCUUAUAUCGACCGUGUCGCAAACGGAGAACCCUCAGAUAUCCUUUCUGGCAAACCGAUUACUGCGUUUUUCCGAAGCACUGGAACCUCAAGUGGGGAAAAAAAGAUAUUUCCUGCGAACGACAACUUUGAGGAUAUUCUAUUAGGCCUUGCACUAAGCUCCCUCAUUAUGUCCAAGCAUGUUGAUGGUUAUAAGCAAGGAAAGGUGAUGAUCUUUAAGUUCAUUCAGCCUAUAUCCACAACUCCUUGCGGUUUGCCUCUUGCUCCCUCGAUAACCAUUAUCAUGAAGAGCAAAAAUUAUAGGAGCCCGGGAAAACGUAGUACAACCCCGGACGAGAUCAUAAUGUGUACGGAUCCGAAACAAAGUAUGUACUGUCAACUUCUAUGUGGUCUUGUCCAGAGAGACGAGGUUGUAAGUGUUGGUGCCCUGUUUGCUUCUGUCUUGGUUCAAAUAAUACGUAUUCUUGAAAAGUACUGGAAAGAGUUGUGCAGUAAUAUAAGGUCCGGUCGUCUCAGCGACUGGAUCACUGACCAUUGUUGUAGAGAUUCUGUCUCUAUCAUCCUUGGAGAGCCAAAUCCUGAACUGGCAGAUUUAAUCGAAAACGAGUGUGGACAAGAAUCUUGGCAAGGUAUAGUUUCACGACUUUGGCCCAAAACUAAAUGCGUUGAAACCAUUGUUACAGGAAUCAUGGCUCAGUACAUUCCAGCACUGGAGUUCUACUCUGAUAAACUGCCUAUAGUUUCCAGUAUUUAUGGAUCCUCUGAAACUUUUUUCGGGCUAAAUGUGAAUCCACUAUGCAAACCACAACAUGUGUCCUACACAUUCCUACCCAACAUGUCAUAUUUCGAGUUCAUACAUGUUGAUGCCGAUGGAGAAGCGACAGGCGAGAUUGUUGAUCUUGUGGAUGUGAAGUUAGGGGCCUACUAUGAGCCCUUGGUCACAAACUAUUCCGGUUUAUAUAGAUGUAGAGUGGGAGAUGUUUUACAUGUCACUGGAUUUUACAAUAACGCACCACAAUUCAGAUUCGUACGUAGAAAAAAUACGGUUCUAAGUAUCUUCGUAGAAUCAACGACUGAAGAAGAUGUCUUAAAGGCGUUGGAUCGUGCAACAGUAGUUCUUGAAUCUUCGGAUUUGAUGUUGACAGGCUUCACAUGCUUUGGUGAUGUCUCCACUGUACCGGGUCACUACGUUUUUUACUUGGAACUCAAAGCCAAAGUCAACAAUGACACCAACGUUCUACUACUUGAUGAAAAGGUGUUGGUGGAGUAUUGUUGUGUCAUGGAGGAAUCACUGAGUAGUUUCUAUAGAAGCCUUAGGAGAAAAGAUGGACCGAUCGGACCUCUAGAGGUAAGGGUUGUGCAACAAGGAACGUUUGAUUCUCUCAUGGAGUUUUUUGUCACCCGAGGUGCUUCUAUAACUCAAUACAAGACACCUAUGUGCAUAAACUCUGCUGAGACUUUGAAGGUUCUUGAAGACAAGGUUCUUGCUCGGUUCUUCAGCGACAAAUCCCCUCCUACCUGAUCUAUUUGGAUACGUUGAUGAUGACCACCUGAAACAAUUAUAUCACCUAGUUGAAGAAUAAUGAAGCAACAUAUUUAUUUGGUGAGAGUGUUGCUUUGCGGAGACAUUUGUCGUUUUAUGUGUUGUGUUUUUCUUUUGUGUCGUCGUGUUCGAUGUGGUGCGCAUGUUAAGUGUGAUUGAUGCGUUAUUUAUUUUUAAAACUCUUGUAUUUGCUUCGCAUUUGCGUUAGCUUUAAUUAUCUUGGUUAAUACAUUCUCUUCUAUUUGCUUCGCAAGACUGUGAUCAGCAUUUGGGUGCCUUAAUACAAUCACAUUUGUGGACAAAUAACAGAAGAUUUCUCACAUCAUGCCGGUUAAUUAUGCAUGCCAAGUUAAUUUCUCGCCAGAACGGUUUUCAAUGUCAGGAGUUUGUGAGGGUAAGUGCUGGUCUUUGGACUUGAAGAGCUGAAAGUCUUUCAGGACUCUUAAAUGUUACAAUGGAGUAUGCAUUGGAGCUGAAUGGCAUCCUUUGGAGCAGAGUGAAGUCGUUACUUGUGGUUGGUUAAGCAACCUUUUUCAAAUCUAUUUUUAUUUUCUUGGCAUGAUACCUGCCUUAUUUUGUUCAACAGAUAGUGUCUUAAAUCUCUAUGCACCAGUAAAAGCAACGGGCGUCGUAGGUGCAAGGAAGAUAAACUCUCUAUUAAAAAUUGACAUCUUGGAGGUACGGUAUACUUUUUAUGUUUAGAAAAAUUUACUUUUUCUAGAUAAGUAUGUAUUCCUAAAAGAUAAAGGAAAUCAUGUUUUGAGGCUGCUACAAAUAUGGGUCUAAAAAUUUGUAAGAUUAUUCAUUCACACAAUAAUAUGAAACCCUAAACGGGUAUUUGCCUCAAUACGUUUUGUUAUAUAUUGUCUUCUUGCUUAAUUUGUGGCUGUUCACAAAAAGAUGCAUAUUUGUUCUUUUAUUAUAGCAAAAAAAAAGGAGUUUCUGUAUGAGUAGCCUUGUAUAUAGGAUGCGUCUUAAAUAAUUUGGAAUCAAAUAUCUUAUAAUCAUAUUCUCUGGCUAUUGGCUAAUACUUAGAGAUUCAACUUCUUAUGUAUCCAUUAGUUCAUAGGUUUCAGAAAGGGUAACAAAACUGUAACGCCCAACCGUCAUGGCUAAUGGGCGUCGCACGCUCGCUCACUCGACAUGUGGACCCAAUUCUGUGCAGUGGACGGUGCUUUAAUUUUCCGGAGGCUAGAUAGUCUUGUGUUUUAUGUAUUUGUUUCUAUAGUAAUUUUUGGCUUCUGUUAUAAUUAUAAGGAAGUGAAAUUGGGAUCAUCGUCAUGCAUGGUCAAAUGGUUUUUUUCUCGUCAAAAGUCAACUGGAUCUUAUACUUGCAAAGGAUACAGAUUUCACUAACUGCGUAUAGCGAUAGUGAUUGUGAUGGCUGUAAUAUUACAAGACGAUCAAAUGUACUAGAAGUUUCAGUACAUUUCUGGAAAACAACUUGAUCUCUAGGUGUUCAUGAAAACAACCUAAAUACAGAACAUUAUUAAAAACUGCUUCAGAACUAACGGGCUUUGUACAAUCUUCAGAGAGCUUGGUCUCUCCGGUGUAGGAAACUCCGAUUCUUUAAUGUGACAGCCUUUCCUUCUGCAGUCUAGAAAAUCUGUAUUUACUGAAUUAAUUAGAUGUAUUGUGUAAUGUCUUUUUCCAAAUUUCAUUUUUAGUUCACAUGUGCCACGAUAUUAAUUUCUGCCCUUUUUUUUUUGUAAAUGAAAAAAAAAGGGCAGAAUAAUGUUAACAGUCAUUGAACUAUAUAAUGGACAAUAAUGUUAACAGUCAUUUAUGCAAAGAUAACCAUUAAUCACCAUUUCGCAUCAUCUCAUCAAAUUCGAAAUUGCAUGUAUGGAGAAGUUUCGUCAUCUUCAUAUUAAUUAAGCAUUGAUGGUAAUAUUAUACACUAGUUUAAGAUUUUACUUAUUAUUAUUUGUUUAUAUACACAUUAUUUUAUGUAUUAUUAUUUGUUUAAUAUUCUUUACAUAUUAUGAAACAAAUUAAUAAAUAUAUAUUAAAUAAUUGAAAAUCUAUUAACUGUUACGUAUAUAAUUAAAUUGACACAAAUACAUCAAUUAAAGAAAUCACUUUGUUUAUUUACAAUCAUUAUGUGGUAAAUAAAUUUAAAAAAUUAUUUAAUCUAUUUUGUAUUGUAUGUAAUUAAAUUUAAAUAAUAUUAACAUAGAUAUAUAUGCUAUAUUUUAAAUAUGACAGCCUAUUAAAUGAAAACUCAUAAUCAUAUGAUUUUAUGAUCAUUUGUAUUUUUAAACGAAUAUUUUAAACCAUUAAUAACAAAAAACAUUAUUUUUAAUAACUUAUAAUCUUUCUUGAAUAUUCAAUGCAAAUUUCAAAAAUUAAAUAUUAAGUUCUCUAAAAUUUUAAACCAUUUGAUCACAAAAUCUUCAAUGUAAGAUUU